AUGGCUCCUGAUGUAUGCUUGGUCAUCAUUUCCAUCAUCUCAAUUCAAAAUUAUCUUCUUUCGAAUUCUUUUGAGCGGAAAUGGGCCAUGUUGUCGAAUGAUAAUGGAGAGAAGGGCAGGCGAUUCUUCGACCGAGCUGCCGAGAUCCACAGACCCACACUACACGCUAACCAUAAGAAGAAGCAUUCGGUGCCAAGACUUGCUAAUCCUGGGGAUUCGCCGAAUCUCAACUCACAACCACAUGACCCGCGGCUCGGCUUCUCUGCCUGGUUCUGUCACUCCCGCCAUGCUGGCUCCUCCGCCUUUCCCCCGUACUGCAGUAGAUGCAAAAUGAAAGUAAAGAGCCGCUCAGUGUGUCAGAACUGUCGGCAAAGGAAAUAUUCGUGCGACGGAAAACGUCCUUCCUGUUCUCAAUGCAUAGCAACCAAGAGAGACUGCCCGGGCUAUGAAGCGGUGACUUUCCUUCCACCCAAGACUUCUGGGCAACAGAUCAUCUCUUCUGGGCCACUGGAAAGCCCCAUAUCACGUGAGGCGUCGCUAUCACUUUCCGGAUCGUCCACCGGGUGUCUCAUACUAAAUCUUUCGGCUUUUCGAUGGUCGACAGAUGAAGAAUUCUUCGCUUUAGUGACGGAGUAUUUUACUCCCUACUUUAAUGGUCAGGAGCAAUAUGGCCGCCCCAAAAAGCACUUCUCAACCCUGUGUAGCCCCUGGUUGGAGACUGUCCCUCUGCUUCUGGACACAAGCAGAAGUACAACCCUUCUGUCAGUGUCGCUCCGCACUUUAGGCUACUCAAUUAUAGCCAAAGGAAAUAGAGACCGUAGACGCAGUCAAUGGGACCUCUGUCGUGCCGAGUCAUACACGAAAGCUGUGCAUUCUUUGAGCAAUAAAAUCGCUGAAGAUGACGGUGGCUGCAAUGAAUCCGCUGCUGCUAUUAUGUGCUUAUGUCUAGCCGAGUGGUUAGUACCUACAUCCCGUGAGGGCUGGAUCGCUCAUAUCAGAGGGAUUGGCCGGAUGAUGGAAAUGUGUGGACCAGAGUCAUUUACUGGACCGAUCGCGCACCAGCUCUUUAUCGGGUUCCGGCCCCUAGUUAUACUGGAGGCGUGCAUCUCCCGCCAAGACACUUUCCUUUCUUCGGUCGAGUGGCAGACAAUACCUUUCGCAUUUCAUGAACCAUCGCCAUUGCAAACGCUAUUGAGUCACGGUUCUAUCCUACCAUCUGUCUUACGAAGAGUCCAGACUACAGAUUCCCUCCCCCUCAACGAGAGGGGACCCCUGUGUGAAGGAGUCAUUGCGGAGUUGAUAAAUACUCUGCAGGAGCUUGACAACGAAAACGUCAACCAUUAUGAUGGCGGCAAUGCCUGCAGUCGAGCGGCGGAGACGAGGAAGAGGGCCGCCAGCCAUAAGGAAGGUGGUAGCUCAGCCUCGCGAUUUACCCGAUUCGGGAGACCGGAGUCUUGGUCCGUUGGAAUUGACCUAUUAUUGGUCACUAGACUAAUGGGUGAAGGAACUACUAAGGCUUUGGGAGCGGGGUUAAGAGCAGUCGGUCGAUUCAUGGCGGUAGAAUGGUUGGUAGUUCGUGUCAAGUACCGAGCCGUGUAUCAGACCCUCAACCGAAAUCGUGUCCAUUUGAGGGCAAUCGCUGAAUGCAGAGCUUAA